UCUAAUCCAAACCUAAACGGACUUAUAAUUACCACUAAUUAGCAUUAAUCAUAUCUCUCUUGUAACUCCAAAUUUAACAGAGCAAUCAAUUAGCCGUCACCCCACGUCCUCAAAUGGAUUUAUCAUCACUUCAUUUCUUCUCUCUAUCUCUCUCCUGUUUCUAUAUAUAAGUGGUUUCUCCCUCUCUGGCUUUACAACACACCCUUAUCUCUCUUGCUCGCACUGUACAAUGGCUGAUCAUACACUCAACGAAGAGAACCCCUUCUCAGUUCCAACCCAUUCACUUUCCUUUGAUAAUCACAGCUUGUUAAUGGAUCCUUCAUUUGAAUGGGAAGAAGAGCAUCUUUUUAUGAACAACUCUGUUUAUGAAGCUUUUCCUUUGCCUACACCUUUACCUGACCUUGAACCCUUGUCUCAAGAUGUACUCGAGUCAUACAGCUCUGCAUCAUGGAACGUAACAGAUCAGAACAGUGGACAAGGUGACUUGGAGCAGAAUACUGAACAAGAAGCAGUGCAAGAGACGACUAAUAAGAGGAAAAUUAACAGAUAUGUUACUACCUACACAACCUUUUCAACUUCAAAGGCAUUGUCCAUGGAAACUAUAUCUCUAUACUUCUACAUGCCAAUAACUCAGGCAGCCACGGAACUGAACGUUGGUUUAACUCUUCUAAAAAGAAGAUGUCGCGAGCUAGGCUUUACUCGGUGGCCUCAUCGCAAACUCAUAAGCCUACUAGCUCUGAUUAGUAACGUCAAGCUGCAGGAGUUUGAAGGAGGAGAGAAUGCAGAAAAACUCAAGAACGCACUGCUGGAGAUGCUAGAGAAUCAGAAGAAGAGGAUUGAAGAGAAUCCGGAUUUGGAGUUUGAUGACAAGACAAAGAGGCUAAGACAAGCUUGUUUCAAGGCUACACACAAGAUGAAGAAGAAGGCGAGUCUCAAGUCUGAUGACCACUUGUGUGGUUUCACAAAUGAGUUUAAUUAG